AUGGAUGUGUUGCAGAUUUUUCGGUUGAGAUCAAAUGUUGAUAUUGAAGAUAUGAGUGAGGAAUUUUCGUGCUGGCAACGUUUUGGUAAAAACCUAUCUACGUCGUCUGACUCGAAAGAAGAACCUGAGGCUUCAGCUCUUGGCUGGGGUGCUGGUAUUGACAAAGCCUGUCAGUCAUCUACAAAAGGGAAUAGUUCUGGAUGGCAAUGGUACAAAGAUCCCAGAUUGGAUAGUCUUGGUUUCAGGGGAAUUUUUCCUUCGAAUACAAUUCCACCAUCGGUUGAGGCCAACGAAGAAACUGAUGAGCUAAAUUAUUUUCAAUGGAGAGUAGAGAAGGGAGUGGCAGAGGGCUCAACUGAGAUUCCUAAAGGUGAGGCAAUUCCGCUUGAGUACAAUCUUGCUGGCUUGAAUGCUAUAAGCGUCAACAAAAGAUGCUAUGUCGGACAGGAGUCAGUUGCUCGAACUCACCACCGUGGUGUCAUUCGAAAACGCCUGCUUCCUUUAAAAUUCCUCUUGGGAAAUGAAGUAACGCAGAAUGUAGCUCCAGGAUCAGAAGUAGUCGGAGUCUCAUCCGACAAGAAAGUUGGGACUGUCACAACUGCACUUGCGUCUCGUGGUAUGGGUCUAUUGAGGCUAGAAGAAGCCUUUAAAGGAUCAGGUUCCUUGAGCAUUAAAGGAAAAGAUGAUGUAAAGAUCGAAGUUAUUCGACCAGAUUGGUGGCCUUCUGAAUGGUUUCCAGAUCAUUAACAUGGUUCAGUUGCUUAAAGAGGGAAAGCAAGACCAGUCAAUCUCCCUGCAUCAAAUUAAAUUUACGUAAUUCAAAGUAAAUGGGAAUUUUGAAAU